AAUAUUAGUGUCAACAAUAAAACAGUGAUAAACUAAACUAAACCCUCUAGCUCUUCCUUGCUGGGUUCUUAUCUGAUGCCUAUGAAUUGUCAAGAAGUGAUGAUCUUAAAGGGGUAAAAUCACAUGAUCUGAUCAACUGAGGAUGUAGGCGAUUUUACCAUAGGUGGCCGGCGUCAUGAGGAGAUGAUUUAGGUAAAAAAAAAAACAAUUUUGACAAAAAAAUGGCGAUUAUUUUAACAGUGUGACGAAAUGUUAACACAAUACAUGUUGGUGGUUAACAUUUUUCCUUUCCUGAAAAUUGUGUUUCUGUAUCUACCCCUCCUCCUCAAUCACUAUACAUUCAGCCGUUGUUUUAUUUUCCAGUAAAUUGUUUCACGUUAAAGAGACUGGUACGGGUCUCUUAAAAAAAUCUGCAGAAAAAACCUGCUUACAAGAGAAUACUCAAUAGAAGUGGACAAAGACACACGGUUUCAGUCGCCGCGGUUGGCUAUGGCUCAGGGCUCUGACAGCAAUGACACAAGCUACAAGUCCCCAUCACCUGGAAGCAGGCCGAGUUCCUCAGAUGAUGCAAAGAAGGUGAUGCGGAGAGAGAAGAACCGGAUUGCUGCUCAGAAGAGCAGGAUGAGGCAAACUCAGAAAGCUGACAGCUUGCACUUGGAGAGUGAGAACCUGGAGAAGGAGAACGCUGCCCUGAGGAAGGAGGUGAAGCAGCUGACUGAGGAGGCCAAGUACCUGUCGUCCGUGCUGAGCAGCCAUGAACCUCUGUGCACCGGGCUGACUCCUCAGACCCCAGAGCUCCUCUACUCUCCUCAUCACAGCAGCUACCACCACCAGCACAUCCCUGUACCACACUACCAGCACUGACCUGACCGACUACUGCAGAUGUACUGCGAACAGAUGACUGACCUCAAUGGAGAGAAAGACUGACUGGAGAUGUGUCUAUAAGUGUUAAUCAUUGUUCAAAACAUGAACAUUAACAUGACAAUCCAAUAUGUCUACCAAACAAUGACAGUAUGGACCCCAAACUGUAACAAGCGGUGUUCAAAACUAUUUAUUUUGCUUGUGCUCAUCUCUUUGCUUCUACCUGAUUAAUGUCAGUAAUGUGAACUUUAAUGGUUAGAAUUAUCAACCAGUCUAUGUUUACAUUGGGAGAAAAAAGCCAACCUGCUGUUGGUUCAGGUGACUCAGACAAUACAGUAUUUUUGUGAAUUUUCAGUGUCAUGGAGAGCACCUUUGUCAUCCUGUCAUGUUUUGAGUUUCUCGUGUUUAUUGAUAUGUUUCAGUGUAUAAAUGUAGAUCGAUAAUGCUCAGGAGAUUUUGACAGAUUUGAUUGUGGACAAAUGGAAUGUAAAGUCGAGAUCCUAAAAAAAAAGGCUUUGAUGUACCAAAAAAAAACAACGUCUGGCUAUGAAGAAUGGGCAUUCAAAGGGUCUUGACUUGUGUACUGGUGAUGAUGUGGGAGAAGACCCAGCUAAAAGAUAUUUAUUAAAUGUGAUGCCUUUUAGGUGAUACUUUCUGACCUCAUGCUUUCAUGCAGUGUUUUUCUUUGCCAGGACAGCAGAGUGUGUGAAGUCUGCACUGGCACUGAUAACAGGGGAAAUGUGACUAACCACCUUAAAGGAACAGUUCAGAUAUUUUGAAGUAGGGCUGAAUGAGUUACAUAUCCAGUCAGUUUGUUACAUACAGAAGAUGGCGCUCUGCUUGCCUCCAGUUCAGCGAAGCAGGCCGGAGUACUGGCACAGAAGCUAAGCAAUGUACGGGGGCAACAGUAAAACAUAUUUUAGCCAUCUAAAACAAAUAUAAUUAUAUCAGUUUCAGUAUAUUCUAUAUUUAGAAUAUUUUCAGCACUUUCCAAUAGGGAACUAACCGUUAUAUCCAUCCACACACCAUUGAAAAAAUAGUAAUUUUACCCCACAGAAGUUGCUGUGGCAAGGUAAAAUUACUGUUUUUGUCAAAGAAGCCUGGAUGCUUUGGAGAAAGCUUUGGGAAAGGGCUGUCUGAUAGCACGGCAAAGUGGUGAAAAUGUUC